ACAGGCAGGGACACCCUGGGUGGGAUGCCAGUCCGUCACAGGACACAUACUGACAAAACUGUUUGUGCCUCACCAUUAGCUUGUACACAAAACUUGUUUUCAUGAUACGUCUGUUUUUGUAAUGCUGAUUUGUAAUGUCAUUAUUAUAUUAAUUUCUGUCUCUUGAAAGAUUUAACAGAGUAUGUAUUGCUUCCUGUGUCCUGUUUUUCCCAGGCACUGAUGGUGGACUUGGGAACAGACCGUUUUAUUAGACAGAUGGAUGAUGAGGCCACACUCUUACCACGGAAACUUCAGUCUGCUUUGGAGCAGGCCCUAGAGCAGAGGAAUGACAUCAUCAAUCAGGACUCGGACAGCGAAUCGGAUGAAGAGUGUAACUCCCUGAGCAGUGUGGUGUCGGAGGCCUUUAUCCGCUUUUUCCUGGAGACCAUUGGGCACUACUCGCUGUUCCUGACCCAGAAUGAGCGGGGUGACCGCGUCUUCCAGAGAGAUGCCUUCCGCAAGUCUGUGGCUUCCAAGAGUGUCCGUCGCUUCUUGGGUGUGUUUAUGGAGUCCCAGAUGUUUGCUGGGUUUAUCCAGGACCGGGAGCUGCGGAAGAGCAGGGCCAAAGGUCUCUUUGAAGAAAGGGUGGAGCAGUACCUCGAGGAGUUACCUGACACAGAACAGAGUGCAGUCAACAAGUUCCUCAGAGGACUGGGUAAGUAGAGCACCAUGCACUCCUGCUUCAUUAGGGAGACUUUUUGACAGUUUUUUGGAAGGACUCUAAUUAUCCAACUUAACAGAAUGUGUUUACUAGUUCAAAUAUCCCUGGAACAUAUGGAGCUUCACCACUGUGUGAACUAACAGAUUGAUUAAUAAUAAAUUAAUAUGCUGGUUGAAAUGUCUCAGGGCAGGGUAGGUUGGAAUAAAGACCAGCACUCACAGUGAAUGCCCCAGGGCAGGGUACAGUAGGUUGUAAUAAAGACCUGCACUCACAAUGAAUGCCCCAGGGCAGGGUAGGUUGUAAUAAAGACCUGCACUCACAGCAAAUGUCCCAGGGCAGAGUAGGUUGUAAUAAAGAUCUACAUUCACAGUGAAUGCCCCAGGGCAGGGUAGGUUGUAAUAAAGACCUGCACUCACAGUGAAUGCUCCAGGGCACGGUUGGUUGUAAUAAAGACCUGCAUUCACAGUGAAUGCCCCAGGGCAGGGUAGGUUGUAAUUAAGACUUACACUAUCAGUGAAUGCUCCAGGGCAGUGUAG